AUGCUCGUGUCCACCCUUAUUGCUUCAGCUGGCCUCUUCGGCUCUGCCCUCGGUGGCAUUCUUCCCCGAUCUUUCGGCAUCCCCAAAGGCGACGGCUUCCCUUUCCCAAACGAUGCUCAAGAGAAGCAGAUCGCCCUCCAAGCCCUAGGAAAGUUACCCGGCGCUGCUCCACCCAAGACUCUGGGCGCCGGCUCUACUACCGCUUUCCAACUCAUUGCCUUCAACGAACUCUUCGAGACUGCGUUCUUUAGCUCUCUGCUCCACAAUAUCACUCAAGGCGUGAGAGGAUAUGAGGUGCCAUCAAGUGAGCGCGGAGAGUCUGAGCAGAUUAUCAGGACCAUCUUAGCUCAAGAAAAGCAACAUGCCAUUGGAGCCCUCGCAAUUCUGAAGUCAGCUGGAAAGUUUGCUCCGUCGCCUUGCAAGUACCAGUUCCCAGUGAACAAACUCGAUGACGCCAUCUUCCUUGCAGAAACAUUCACAGCAGUCGUCCUUGGAGCUCUCCAGGAUGCCAACGUCAUCUUCUCCUCAGAAGGCCUUCCCGAGAUUGUCCGCCUUGUCUCAUCUGUCAUUGGCCAAGAGGGUGAACAAAAUGGUUUCUACCGCAUUCACCUCGGCGAGAUCCCCUCUGAGUCUCCAUUCCUGACAACUGUUCCUGCCGCGUUCGCCUGGUCCGCUCUGCAACUGUUUGUUGUGCCUGGCUCAUGCCCGGAGGAUAUCAAGAAUAUUCAACUCCCAAUCUUCCCCUCGCUUCUGGUCAACGGAGGCCCCAUUGCCAAGGUGGCGCCCAAGGAUCAGACGCUCAAAUUUGAGGCGAACUUGAAGGGCUCCAAGGCUGCAAAGAACUACUAUGGCAAACCCGAAAACUUGUACAUCACCUACACUACCGGCCAGCAGCUACCCAUUAGUGUCAAGGCCGAGAAUGUUCGCUGGAAUAAGAACAAGGUCACAUUGGAAGCCAAGUUCCCUUACAAAGAGAAUGUCAUGGCAGGUUUCAGUCACGCUGCCCUCACUACUGGCAAGGGUUUUGCAUCGGCCGAUGCUGUUGUUGGGAAAACUCUCGCAGCGCCUGGUGUUAUCCAGGUCAGGAACGUCAUUUAA